UGAUUCAGAAGGUUCCUCUCAUCCCUUAGGCUCUUACUCUUACUCCAAUACUCUUACUUAAUUUCUAAAUCGAGCGUUCGUCCCUUUCGUACUUUGAAAUUUAAACGUAAAAAUUGAACAGGCAUUGUGUAUUUCAGGUCGAAAAAUGGAUUCAGAUAAAAAAAUGGGUCUUCUUUCUUUGUCUAACCACAGACUAAGAGGGUGGUCUAACGAAGUUUUAAUAUGUUACAUCUUUUCACUGGAUACUAUUUCCAUAUCUGACUUGCAAAGUCUUAUGGUUUCCUGUCGGCCUUUAUACAAUAUUAUUCGAGGAUCAGAUGAACUAUGGAGGCUCAAGUUCAUUCAAAGGUGGGGCAAUUUUCUUUCACGGACUCCCAAUAGCUAUGAAAAUGUUUGGUUUGAGUGGACAACUGUGAGAUAAAAGAAAGCAAAAGAAGUCCAAAAAGCUGUUCAAAACAUGUCCUCUGUAGCUUAUCCAUUGGGUCAAUCUCCCCUCAUUGUGAUCAAUGAGUUGAUUGCGGGGUCAUAUCCCAUUCCUGAAUAUGUGCAGAAUGAACUUGAAGAAAUCGUCUAUGACAAGAAAAUAAGAGAAAAUAAAACCACACUUCACUAUGCCAGAGAUGUUUUAGUCAAAGUAAGGAUGUCUAUAAUGGACAAAAAGUGGAGAGAUUUUAUGGCCCAACCAGAAUUUCGAAAGUCUCUGUUUGAGGGAUUUGCACUUAUAUCACAGUGGUCAACAUUGGAACAUGGAAAAGGACAAACUUGUUUGAAAGACCUGGAAAGCUCAAUCGAAAAAAUAACCGAUAGAGUGAAACAACUGCUGGAAUUGGAAGUGGGAAAAGUAUCAUGUGCUAGCACUGAUGAGCCAAAGAAGAAAAAUCUUAAAAUUUUGGAUUCCAUAAACCAAGUUAUGUUCAAUGAAUUGGGUUUUAAAAAACUUCCAUAUUUUCAUGCUUCUGAUUACAAUCUCUAUAGUAAUUUUCAACAGGCGUUUGAAAGAAAGGAAGGUUGCCCAGCAGUUUUGUGUGCCAUCUAUCAGGAAGUGGCUAGGAAAAUGGGCAUUGUUUGUGAGGCGGUUUAUUGUAACCAGGAUGAUAAGGAAAUCGAAAGUAGUUUCUCGGAUUUCAUGAUGAACCGUCCAAAUAAGCUUCUUCUUAGAUGGAAGGAUUCAGCCGGGUCAGAGGACGAUAGUAUUUAUAUUGACGUCUGUCGUGGAGGGUCUUUAAACCAGUCAAGUUUGUAUCCAUCCCUCAGAGAACAACCAGCAGCGUCAGUCGACUCGGUUUUGUUUAAUAUGCUAGAAGUUUUAACGCAUUUUAUGUGGAACCAAUACGAUGAAUAUGGGCUGGAAAAGGUGAGAGACGACUUGUUAUUCUAUCUACGAUUGAAGUGCUCCAUGUCGCCCCAAAACCCAAACGUAAUCACGUGGUACGCAGAACACUGUAUCGGUUUGGGCAUCCAAUUAGACGAUGCAAUCCAACUACUUCAAAAUUACUUUCAGUCUCCAGAAUAUAAACCUUUUAUUGGUGAUUUAUUUUCUCGGAAUCCAUCGAAAAUGUUAGAGGAAUGUAUCAGUAAGCUAAACGAACAAAAAGCUGAAAUCGCUGCUGCGAAAACUGUUCAUCAUCGGCCGUCCUCGUUAAAAUUUUCAGUUGGUCUCGUUGUGAUUUGCAAUUACAAAAAAUGGGGAAGAAACUUCAGGAAGCCUUGCGUUAUUGUGUCUUGGAAUGUGAAGUUCCAAGAAUCGAAUGAAUGGAAAUCCAAGGUGACAAGCGAUGAUGAUUCUGACGAAGAGGAAUUUGAUGAAGACGAAGAAGAUUUGGACGAUGAGGAAGUUGAUGAAGACGAAAAUUGUUCCCGAACAAAGAAAGUCAUUCCCAGCCAAGAUCAGCCGCACUAUCAUAUCUUGAUGGUUGAUAGUGAUGAAGAUAACCCCCAAUUUCAAUUAAACGUUCCUGAAGAAACCUUGGAGCUCCUUCCUGCGGCUGUUCCCAUCGAGCAUGAUAAAAUUUGGUUUCAUUUUGAGAGAUUCGACGGCCGUAGGUACUUGCCGAAUGCGGAGAAAAGAGCCCAGUUUCCCGAGGAUGAAGCAGUCACCUUAUCAUUGAUUGGAUAACUCAAACUGGUCAAUAUUUCUUUCUUUUUUAAUGGGUUUUACGGACUGUUCACUUUUAUUUCUUGAUUUUUUUUUCUCUUAAAACUUGGAAGCUUCUUUUUGUUGUGAAAGUUGAACGUCGUCGGCUUGAAAGUUCCGUAUAACUUGAAUUCCGUUAAAUUAAACUUUUUGUGUCGCAGAA